AUGGGAUUGCAUCACAGAAAAUUGAUCUCAGAAAUAUGCGACUCGAUUUGUCACAUAAAUGAAUAUUUACCUAAUUGUUCAUCAAACAAAGAUUGCACUGUUUGCUUCAACAUCUGUUUAACCAAUCUCCAAAACCCUUUUUACUAUUCUCCACCACCGCCACCACCACCGCAACAAGAAUUUCCUUUCUACCAUUCAAAUCAAAAUCAUCACAAACUCGCCAAUUACUUCAUAAUCGCUCUUUCUAUUCUUGCUCUUAUUUUCUUCCUUGUUUGUAUCCGUGCAAUUUAUGUCAAAUUUAGGUCAAGAACAAGAAGAACAAGGUUAAGGGCAGUGGCAAGGACAAGAACACCACCAUCAACGAUUCAACAAAUUCAUGUGAUGAAUUUUGAUGAUGAACUACAACAACAUGAUUCUAUUGUGGAUCAUCCAAUUUGGUAUAUUCGAACUCAAGGUCUUCAACAAUCGGUUAUAAAUGCAAUUAGUGUUUGUAAGUAUAAGAAAGGGGAAGGAUUGAUUGAAGGAACUGAAUGUUCUGUGUGUUUGAGUGAGUUUGAAGAAGAUGAAAGUCUUCGGCUUUUACCUAAGUGUCAUCAUGCUUUUCAUUUACCUUGCAUUGAUACUUGGCUUAGUUCGCAUACCAAUUGUCCUAUGUGUAGGGCUCCAAUUGUUUAUACUAACCCUACAAUUGCGAGGGUUGAGUCUUUGGAAUCUGUUGUUGUUGAUUCUCAUUCGAGUUCGUCGGAACAUGCACAUGAUGUUGAUGAAAAUAGUGGUGAAAUUGAAUCCAAUUUAGGGUUUGAAAAUAGGGUUCAUGAUUCUGAGUUGAGAAAUAGGGCAGUAGGUGAAGGAGGGCAAUUGGAGGUUCGUGAAAACGGAAGACCAGUUGUCGAUGUAGUUAGUGGUAGUAUUCGGCCUAGGAGAUCGGUUUCUAUGGAUGAUUCCUUUGUUGCAGGUAUCAAUAAUGUUGUUGCAGCUGUUGUAUCAAAAGAAUGUAAUGGUGAUGAAGAUAGUGUUUCGAAGGUUAAUGGAAGUGAGAAUUCAGCAACUACAUCGAAAGGUGGAAGUAGUAGCUUUUCUUUUAGGUCAACAAGAUAUUUGCAGGGUGUUGCUAGUCCAAUGAAGAGAUCAAGUUCAUACAAUGGAAAGUUUCUUCUGUCUUGGUAUAGUCGCAGUCAGAAAAAGCCAAAUGCUAUUCUGAGAAGCUUUUAA